UUUCCUUUUCCUCCCACUGCCGGUGGCUCGUGCGCGCUCGUGCUGUUACUCUAGCAUUUAUGCGUUAGUCUUUAAACCGCCGAAAGACUUCCAGCACUUCAUCAUGUCUUUCCCAAAUGAGGAGGAAGAUUACGAGCCGUACAGUUAUAGUGAUUAUGAUCUUCAUACUGGUGAUCCCAAAGCGGAUCUGGCAUACGAGCGUCAGUAUGAGCACCAGCAGACGUACCACGUCAUUCCCGAGGUGAUCAAGAACUUCCUGCAGUUUUUUCACAAGACCACCUCUGACCUGAUUGACCAGAAGGUUUACGAACUGCAGGCCAACCGUGUCUCCACCGAGGCCAUAGAGCAGAAGAUCUACGACAUUCAGGAUAUCUAUGAGAACAGCUGGAAUAAGCUGACAGAACGUUUCUUUAAGACAUCUCCAUGGCCAGAAGCAGAAGCUAUUGCCUCCUUAGUAGGAAAUGAUGCUGUUUUUCUGAUCCUGUAUAAGGAGCUUUACUACCGACACAUUUAUGCCAAAGUCAGCGGAGGCCCGACACUUGAUCAGAGGUUUGAGUCCUACUACAAUUAUUGCAACCUGUUCAACUACAUUCUGAAUGCAGAUGGCCCUGCACCUUUGGAGCUUCCCAACCAGUGGCUCUGGGACAUUAUUGAUGAGUUCAUCUACCAGUUCCAAUCGUUUAGCCAGUACCGCUGCAAGACAGCCAAGAAGUCAGAGGAGGAGAUUGACUUCCUGAGGAACAACCCGAAGAUCUGGAACGUACACAGUGUGCUAAAUGUGCUGCACUCACUGGUGGAUAAAAGCAACAUCAACCGCCAGCUGGAGGUCUAUACUAGUGGAGGAGAUCCAGAGAGCGUAGCUGGAGAAUACGGCCGUCACUCUCUGUAUAAGAUGCUGGGCUACUUCAGUUUAGUGGGUUUGCUGAGGCUGCACUCCUUGCUGGGGGAUUACUACCAGGCCAUCAAAGUUCUGGAGAACAUCGAACUUAACAAAAAGAGCAUGUACUCGCGUGUUCCCGAGUGCCAGAUCACCACGUACUACUAUGUGGGUUUCGCCUACCUAAUGAUGCGGCGCUACCAGGAUGCCAUCCGUGUCUUCGCCAACAUCUUACUCUACAUCCAGAGAACCAGGAACUUGUUCCAGAGGUCGACAUACAAAUAUGAGAUGAUUAACAAGCAGAAUGAGCAGAUGCAUGGGCUGCUGGCCAUCGCGCUGACCAUGUACCCCAUGAGGAUCGACGAGAGCAUCCACACACAGCUCAGAGAGAAGUACGGAGACAAGAUGCUGCGCAUGCAGAAGGGAGACCUGCAGGUGUUCGAAGAGCUGUUCAGCUUCGCCUGUCCCAAGUUUCUAUCACCUGUCGUCCCCAAUUACGACAAUGUGCACCCGAAUUACCAUAAAGAACCAUUCCAGCAGCAGCUCAAAGUGUUUGCUGAGGAGGUUCAGCAGCAGGCUCAGCUCUCCACUAUCCGCAGUUUCCUGAAGCUCUACACCACCAUGCCUGUGGCUAAGCUGGCUGGAUUUUUGGACAUGUCCGAGCAGGAGUUCCGAAUUCAGCUGCUCGUGUUCAAACACAAGAUGAAGAACUUGGUGUGGACCAGCGGCAUCUCGGCACUGGACGGAGAGUUCCAGUCAGCCUCAGAGGUCGACUUCUACAUUGACAAGGACAUGAUCCACAUUGCAGACACAAAGGUGGCCCGCCGCUAUGGAGACUUCUUUAUUCGGCAGAUCCACAAGUUUGAGGAACUGAAUCGCACCCUGAAGAAAAUGUCCACAACUGGCACCUCUGGCUCCAGCAAUGCCACAUCACGAUCAUAAGGGCGCUUACUGAUUUUUUUUUUUUUGUUUGUUUUUUAAAUUGUUGCACUGCAGCUUCAGCUGAAGAUGCACGAACACAACUUCUGAAAUUAACUACAAGAUGAGAAGCUUAUCUUUUCUCUCAGAUGGAGCAGAUGCGGUGUCUUUAACCAGCUUUCAUACUUUACCACCUCCAGUAUCUAUUUGCCACGUAGACCUACAUCUUAUGGCAUUUUUGUGGGCAGAAAAAAAUAAAGUUGAUGUGGUAAAUUAA